AUGCAUUUUAUUUCCAGGUGGAAAGGUAACGGAUCUAAUUCGCUGUCAAUCAACAUUCCAUUGUUCAACUCCACAAAAUGCGCGGUCGUGGCUAAUGAGACAAGUGGCACCUACAGUAUCAAGCUACUGGUUAGUCCUGUCGAUGGGUUGAUUGUGGAUGGCUUCAGUGCGAUUAACGUGAAAUGUAUCUAUGCUACACAAGACAUAACGUUGACAUUACCACCUAUAUUUAAUGGAACAAAUGCGCUACAGAUCACCGCAAUGAACGACGACAACAGUGUGGUAACUGGAAGUGGAGGCUCACCUGCUCUCACAAUGCAAAUUCUGGAAGGACACGGGAUCGGUGGCUCACCAGUGGUCAAAGCCGCUGUCGGCCAACGGAUUACACUGGAUAUAGCGCUUCAGAACACAGCCAUAUACGACUUCUAUGUCCAUUCUUGUUACGCUCAUGACGGAAGUAACUCGCCAGAUGCGUCCAUCAACAUCAUCGAUUCAAAUGGAUGCGGAGUGCGCCUAUCAAGGGCGAUCGACGUGCCGGCAAUGAGUGCGCAACCUACACCGAAUGGCCCAAAACACGUCUAUUUGCAUAUGUACGGAUUUCAAUUCACCUCCAACAAUUUCGUGCAUUUCGAAUGUCAAGUCAAACCAUGCAUCAAGUCGUGUCAUAGAGAGCAGUGCAUUCGAGAACCGGACACCAAGAUCCCAGUGAUCCCAGCUCACCGUCGGCGUCGUCACGAAGAUAACUCAACUGAUGUCGCCACGCUCCGUCUCGAGACAGUGCUCGAGAUCUCACCCCAAUCAACUCUCUCAGCUGCUGCCCUUGUAUCGUCCGAGGACUACACCCGACCUGCAAACUGCUAUUCCCAACCGGCGCUCAUUGCCACCUGCACUUUCGUUUUCCUGACAACUGCCCUUUUGGUUUCGAUGGUUCACGUGGUUUAUCGGAGAUGGACAAAGUCCCGCAAAGCGAGUGGUAUAAAUGACAACGAUAGUGUGGACACAUCCAGCAUUUCUUGA